AUUAUUUGGUGGAUUUAUUGUCCAUCAAAUUGGUGCUUUCAUUGAGAGCUCGAGAAUCAUACUCAGAGGAAAUCCUCCAUUAAGACGAUGGUGCAAACGCGCAGUAACGCCAAUGUAGGUACCGGAGUUCCCCAACAGGGGGAGAACAGCACCACUGGAGGUCGGAACCCUCCCAUCACCACCGGGGAGGCUGAGGCCCUCAUUCAGAAGGUUGGCAUCACGGCCGAACAAUUCAAAGAGGUGCUGGCUACACUUGCGCCCAACCGCGAGGUUGUGGUGGAAGAUGUGGCUGGGGGACCCACAGGCGGGAAGGUUGGACCUACGGGCUCCCAAGGAAAAAAGAAAAAAGUAAGGCAGUCCCAGAAGAAGAAGGCGACCAAGCCUAACGGGAAGGCUGUGAUGGCUUAUGCGCUUUCCAGGCUGGAAGAAGAGGACGACUCGUCCUCCUUCGAGCGAAUGUCUGCUUUUGACCGCUUGGGAGACCCCAAGUCAAAGAAGCCUCGGACCUCUGCGUUCGAGCGGCUGCAGGACACUCGAAGGAUAAUGUCCUGCCCUCUCCCGGAUAAUUUCAAGACUCCCCAAAUCAAGGCGUACAACGGGACGACCGAUCCCCAAGACCACCUCGCUCGCUUCGGGGCCAACGUGGUCAUGUAUGCGUACCCCGAAGAAAUCAAGUGUCGAUGUUUCCUGGCGACGCUGGAAGGGCAGGCUUGUGAAUGGUUCCACAAGUUACCCAAGGGGUCCAUAGAUAAAUGGAGCGACCUUGCCCACAAGUUCUUGGAGCACUUCGCAUCCAGCCGGAGGCAGAAGCUCCCCUUCUCGCAUCUGCUCAACGUGAAGAUCCGGAAGGGGGAACAGCUCCGGGAAUUCAUAAAUAGGUGGGAGAAGGAGGCUAGGGACAUCCAAGGGGCGGACGACCAGGCCCUGAUCGCCAUGCUCCAAGCUGCACUCCCCCAAGGGGAUGUGCGCAAGGAGCUGCGACGGAAUCCUCUCUCAACCUACCAGGAGAUGUUGGCCAGGGCGAAGUACUUGGCGUUAGAAGAAGAAGAUGAUGAGCCACCAGUCCGGAAGGAGAAGAAAAGCGGGCCACCGGUUGCAAAAGGGAAGAAGAGAAAGGACUAUGGUAAGGGGCCAAACCCUACCGGAUAUCAUGCAAACAGACAUCCUGUUCACGCGGUACACUCGUUGCCUGCCCCUCCUCAUAGUCGGGAAAGCUAUGGUGUGCAAGAUGCACCCAAAUACUCGGGGGAAGGGCAGGAAGAUGGGCGGCGACACCUAGGGCGAGAUUGUGAGGACCUAGAUGAAGAAGAAAGGCAAGGUCGCCGACACCUGGGGUGUCGGUUCAUCAUGGGAGGAAACACGGGAGGAGAUUCAGUGUCCUCCCGGAGGAAGUGGAAGAACAUGGUGUACCUGGCCGAGGUACAGAGGCCGCCGCUGCCUAAGCGGAAGAAGAAGGAACCUCUAAUCUUCACAGACGAGGACUAUCCCCCGGUCCUCAGCCCUCACAGGGAUGCUUUGGUGAUAAAGGUGGAGAUCAAUAAUGUGGUUGUUCACCGAACUUUGGUCGAUACGGGUAGCUCGGUCAACGUCAUGUACAGCAACACCUUUAAGGAGUUGGGGUUGUCCCGGAGCGACCUGAAACCAAUCCAUACACCACUAUCAGGGUUCACAGGGGAUACUAUAGAGGCUGAAGGAACCAUCACGGUGAAGGCCGGGGUGGGAGAUGGCACCCACCGGCUCUGGAUCGACAUGGAAUUUAUGAUAGAGUUUAAGCCGCGACCGGCGAUAAAGGGGCAGGCGUUAGCAGAUUUCGUGGUAGAAUGCACUGCGAGAGAGGUAGAGUCUAGUGGAGAAGAACCCGAAGGGAACUGGUGGACCGUGUACACCGAUGGGUUGUCCGCGACUGAUGCUUCGGGGGGAGGUGUCGUGGCGAUAUCACCAGAAGGAUUCAAAGCGUACUACUCUGUGAGGUUUCGGUUUAAAGUCUCGAACAAUGAGGCCGAAUAUGAGGCCCUACUUUGUGGUUUGAGGUUGGCAGCUUCAUUAAAGGCUGAGCGGAUCCAAGUCCGAUGUGAUUCCAAGCUAGUGCAGAGGAGCGAAUCGGCGGGCCAUGAUUACCUAUUUGUGGAGAUCGUGCCCAGACGUCACGCGGAACCCAAGGAACGGCCCGGAUUCCCGCUGGAGCGCCCACGUGGACUUUGCAAACUCCCCAUUCUUCCACUUGGCCCAGCUGAAGAAUGAGGAGUUGGGGGGCUUAUGAUGGGCCGAUAUCCAGUGGGCAGCCCAAAUGAACCGCUUGUACAGCUUCGGGUCAGACACUCGGAAGGUACUCAGGUCUGGGCCGGCCCACAGAGCCGGGCCCGGUUGACUUUAGACCAAGAGUAGCUGGCAGAGCCAGUCCGGAGAAGGAGACGGAGCAGAUUGGCCGUUACAGAGCCGGAAAAAGGGGAUCGCGCCCUUAGCGGGAUAGACUCCAUCAAUUAUGCGUAACCUUAAUUGCAUAUAGCUCAUGUAUAAAUAGAGGAGACCCGA